UCAGGGAGUGAGUGUUUAUUUUAUUUAUUUAUUCACUCCCUCAACUUGCUUCCCGACUCUCAGCGCACUCGUUACAAACUGCUUUUAUCCCUGCAUGCCCGCCUCCUCUAAUCCCUGUAAUUCUCCACACAUCCCUUCGAAACAUCCUCUAAUAAUGAUCUCAUUAAAGCGAGAAGAGGAGAGAAAGGAGGAGAGGAUAGGAUAGGAGAGAGUUGCACCUCCAGAUGUGACUGAGACCCUGAGAGAAAUAUAUUUAGUGAGGGACCCUGAGGACUGAAGCAUCUGUGUGGGGUCUUUAGCUCUGUGUGUGUGUGUGUGUGUCUCCGUCUGUAACACUGCCUGACUUCCACAGCCCAACGACACAUCAUCAAACCCUGCCGCUGACUCUGCCACAGUUCCAGGCCUAACACAUCAUCAUAACAAGACUGACUAAUUCAGCUUCCAUCUGCAGCGUGCGGCAUCAUCAAAGUGAAUGGAACAGUUACCCCCUGUCUCAGCUUCAGCCUCUCACACAGCAUCAUCAUAUCUGACAGAUACAGGGAAUAGGGCUGAAUCAGGAAAUCAAUAAUAUAACCACCAUAUUGUCUUUCCUAACUACCGCCCUGUCAGAAUGGAUCAAAUGUCAAAUCCACAAUGUGGCAUACUAACUGUGUAUGUGAAAUGGAGAUGAAUAGAGAGCAAGAGAGAAAGAGAUAAAGAUGUUUUUAAAUAAAAUAGGGAGAGUGACAGAGCUUUGCCCCAUAACCUGUAUAGCUCUUAUAGUCAAUAAUACAGACACAGGAUAUGAUGUUCCUACAUCUCAGACAUGUGACCCCUUUUUCUAAAACUGGGGCAAAACAACACACACUGAUAUCAAUAAUAAAAUAAUAUCAAGAUCGCAUUCAUUUAUACAUUGCAUACAUAAGUAAGAUUAUCACAGGGAUUAUAAAACAGCAGUAUUAGGAAAAUGUAGAUCCUUUACACGGAGUCCUUCUGUAAUGAGAUGAGCAGUGCGAAUGAGCCCCUCAGGAUAUACACACUGAUAUCUUCACCCCUGAGAGUGUGUGCAUGCGUGUGCGCGCGCGUGUGUGUGAACGUAAUUUCUCCAUGGGUGCGUGUAUGUGUGUGUGUAGGGCAGCUGCUCCUCCAGUGUGUAUGAACAGCAGCGUGGGACGUCAGGCUUCAUCAUGGAACUCACUUGAGAGACAAGUGGACUCAGAGAACUCAGCCAUCUCUCUGUUAUCUGUAGUCCUCUCAUUAUCCUGCUCUCCACUACACUGAGGGUCUGAACCAGACCAGGCACCACCUGAAUGUGCUCUGCAGGCUCACCUCUCUUCUCCUAAAAAUAUCCUCAUAAUAACCGUCAUCAUCAUCAACAUCACCAUCAUCCUCAGCAGCACUUCUGUUGUUUACAGCCUCUGCUCUCUUCCCCUCCACUCCCUUCCCUUCCCCUCCCAUCUCCUCCACUCCCUUCCCCGCUCCUAUCCUCUCAUCUCCUCUCCUCCCAUCUCCUCUUCCCUCCCCUCCCCUCUCCUAUCGUCUCCUCCCCUUUCAUCUCCUCCCCGCCUGUCUCUUCUUUCUUCCCCUCUCAUCUCCUCUCCUCUGCACAUGCCUCUCAAGAACAGCUGUCUAUGCUCUACAAAAACUGACACGGACGCACCAUCUACAGAGUUUGGGCUGAAAUCACAGGCCAGGACCAUUUCCAAUCUUUAUUCAGUUCUAUAGCUGGGAGCCUGGGACAGAAGCACCAGCCAUGUGAGAAACACAAGGUUUACUCAGGGUCAGAGAGGAGUGGUGAGACCCACAGAGAUCCUAUUCAAUUAAGUUAUAUGUAAUUCUUUGGCGUAAUUAUUUGGUGAGACCUCUGUCGGUCUGAGAGCAGUGAUCUCUGUGAUGUCACCAGCAGGUGGAAGCAGAUCACUCAUUGACAGCUUCCACUGAGUUCCUCACUAGUCAAAGGACCAAAGACAGCUAAGGGACAUGUUCCAAACCAAACCCUGGCUCCUUCACACAGGUUCUUAUUAUAGAUCUAAGAGGAGUGGGUAUGUGGAAAAGCAAAGUAUUCCUGAUUCCUAUUCAAAAUCUUUUGAUUUGGAAUUGGGAAGAGAAUAUCCUAGUCAGGUGAAUGCAGUCAGUCAGUGUGGUUCAGUUCCUUAGUUCCACUGGUUUAUUCAGUGUAGUAUGAAUAUAGUUAUAUAAGUACAUAAUAAUGUUGACAUCCCUCUGUUACAUCAUUUAUGGGAGUCUUUUAUACUGCAGUCUAACCUGCCACUUUCUUUUUUCUCCCUUUUUUGGGGUCAUGUCAGAACCUGCCAAGUUUACUGGAAAACUAUGCCAAAUGUUCUACUAUAGGUUAGUAUAUGGAAUUCUCCAAACAGAUAAGACUACACUCAAUGGAUAGACGACACUCAAUGGAUAGACGACACUCAAUGGAUAGACGACACUCAAUGGAUAGACGACACUCAAUGGAUAGACGACACUCGAUGGAUAGACGACACUCGAUGGAUAGACGACACUCGAUGGAUAGACUACACUCGAUGGAUAGACUACACUCAAUGGAUAGACUACACUCAAUGGAUAGACUACACUCGAUGGAUAGACUACACUCGAUGGAUAGACUACACUCGAUGGAUAGACUACACUCGAUGGAUAGACUACACUCGAUGGAUAGACUACACUCGAUGGGUUAAAAUGACAAUCAACAUACAAUGAAAGAUAGUCUAUGACACAAUGCUGAAUAUUUACAUUCACUUAUCUGAAGAUACCUACAAUUACAUUUCACUCGAGGCCAAGUCUUGAGGUUUUAUGCUUGGUAUCUGUAGAGCACGUUGUGACAACUGCUGAUGUAAAACGGGAUUUAUAAAAUUAAAUACAUAUGAUUGAUUGAAUGAAUCUUCAAGUGGCAGCUACACUCAUCAUACCCCUCUACUUCGAGCCGCGUGUAUGAGUUCCAUGGGCGUGUGCACGCAGAGUCCUAUCCCUCCUCUCCCUCCAUAUACAGUACCGUUAAAACUUUCCUCCAAUCAGUGUAGCGUCUAAUAACUUGGCCAAGUGGAGUUUGUCCGGUACCUUUUUGUUCACUUUCACUCGGGUUUGGUUUGGCACAGUAUGAGGUGUUGGUCUUAGUGAUUCGGUAUUGUCUUUAUGCAAACAGCUCCUUUCACCGACAUCAUGCCUAUUGUCACAGUCGUGGUUUAUAUGGAGGCAGCGGUGGAUAUGAGGAUUACAUCCGUUUGAGGAGCGCUGAACCAGGCUGUGUUUCUCUCUGAGCCCCUGACAGCCCCGUCUCAGCCAUGAGUUGUCUGGAUGUGAUGUUUUACCAGAGUUAUGGAGCUCACUAUCUCCCUGCGUCUUCAGCAGCAGCGGCAGCAGCCUACAAAGCCGCAUACUACCAUCAUCAACAGCACCAGCAGCAGAAGAAGCUGGAUGUGUACAGCAGCAUGCAGCAGGACAGCCAAGAGCAGCAGUGUCCAGGGGGGAGACAACAACAGCAGCGUGGGGGAGGAGGGGGGAGACUGGCUGGGGAGCAGUGGGUCCAACGGGGCCUGGAGGGUUCUGGGCUGAGGGGCUGUGGGGGUACUGGGAAGGACAGCCAGCCCGCUGAGGCAGAGUACCUGAGCUCCAGGUGUGUCCUGUUCACCUAUUUCCAUGGUGACAUUGGGGAUGUGGUGGAUGAACAUUUCUCUAGGGCUCUGAGCCAAACCAGUGCCUUCACUGGAGAGACCAAGAACUCUAGGACCACCCCCAUGCACACCUCUGCCUCGGUUGGACUGUGGAAAGACAGUGUAUCUCUCUCGGAGGCCCAGUGUGGUUCCCUGUCCUCCUCUCUGUGGGGUGGAGGUUACCCGUCCCAGACCAGCCCCUGUCUCUCUGUCCACCCAGACUUCUCCCCCAGCCCAGCAGCCUUCCAUGCCCCAGACAGUGCUCUGUGGACGGGCCACAUUCUGCCCCAGCCCAGCCUCCCUCCUACAGCCUCUCUCCCAGACCACUGGGCCUACAGCCGCAACCCUCAGACCUCCGCCAGCUACACACACGCCCACAAUGUCUACACACACACACACCCUCACACACACAUGCACCCCCACCACACCCACCCGGUCAUACAUCCCCACCUGUCCCAUGGCCCAGGCCUAGACCCCAGGUUCAGCCCUCUGCUCCUGCCUGGUGUGAAGACUCAGAGUCCCCUAGCCCACAGCCCUGCUGGUCACAGCACACACAGUAACACACACAGCAGCCAGAACCCAGGGAUACAUAGUGGUGUGAAGAUAGAGGUGGAGCAGGCCAGCCCCAGCCCGAACCCCCCCACCCUGACCCCCUCAGCCUGGCCCGCAGCUCUACACACACCCUUGGAUAUCUACGACUCAGGUCUGGAUCAGGACAAAGUCAAUACUGUUUGGUUCUGAGAGAGAGGAUAUGACAUCGCUGUGACAUCACCCUGGCACUGAGCUGUGACCAGCUCUAAUAGAACCCCCUGGAACCACAACACAUUUCCUGUGUACUCACUCUCAAGUAGAAGACUCUCCGCUCACUAGAAAAAGUCCAGGGUGGGUUUACAGAUGUAGGAUCUUAAUUUGAUCACUCUUUUAUUGAUGAGAAUUUUACUGCAAAGCAGGAAAUGCAAAAUUGUAGAGUAUUUCACUUUUAAAAAGGCUUCUAAAGUUUGUAAUUUCCACUUUGAAAUUUCAGACUUCAUUUUCCCUAAUGAAUGAAAUGUAUUAACUCCUACAAAAAAUGUAUUAUAAUCCACAUAAUAAUUCACAUUUCCUGUUGCUGCAGGAUUAUUUUACUGCUGUAGCAAACUGUCUCAAAUUAAGAUCCUACAUCUGUAGGUCUCUUAGAAAGCACUCUGGAGAAGCCUAUACCACUCUCCAUGCCUCACACCACCCCCCAAGGAUACUUCUGAUCACUUCUUGGCCAAAUAUGUUUCAAAUUUGUAACAAAAGUAUUAGCUGGCUGUUUUGGACCUAAUAUACCACAUGAUGGUUCUGUUUAAAGGAUUUAGUUUGUGGGAACACUGCUCAGCCAAGCCUUUUUCUGAUCUUUUUUUUUUUACAUCGUGCUAUGUGUGUAACUAUGUGUGUAAUUGACUGUAAUAUAUUUUGUAUAUAGUACUUUGAUUUGAUGUGAUUGUCAUUUCCUUAAAGUGUUUGAUUGUUGCUAAUUGUUUUUCACCAACCCUGUGUUGUCAUGUUGCCUAGUGUUCUAUAUGUGCAGAGAAAUCAUGUAAUUACUGAUGUGUAAUAAAUUGCUAAGUUCUAUUGGCAAACAUUUCCUCAUCUUUAA